CCUCAGCCUGAUGGCAUCGAUACAAUUCACUGAAGAGGACCUACUUUGUCCACAAUGCUCUGAGAUUUACUACCUUCCUGUUCUCCUGAAAUGUGGUCACAAUAUUUGUCGAGUUUGUUUACAGAAGUUCUGGGAAUGGAAAGGAUGCCGAGAAUGUCCUGUGUGUCGCACUGUGUCUGUCCCCGGGAGGCCUCCUAUCAAUUUGGAGCUAAAGAUAGCUGCCGACAAAUAUCAGGUCCUCAAGACCAGCAGGGAUCAAGAAUUUUGUUGUCUCCAUAAUGAGAAGCUGAAGCUUUUUUGUGAGAAUGAUGAAAAGCCCAUCUGCCUCGUCUGCCAAACCUCAAGACAGCACAGAGUUCACGAGUGCUGCCCUGUGGAGGAGGCUGCCGAACAGAAAAAGGCAGAAAUUUCAGCCACUCUGGAGUCCUUGAGGAAAAAACUCACGAUGCUGAACAAGACAAAGCUGCACUGGGAGGAAACCAAAAACUAUAUACAGAGCCAAGCUUAUCAAAAUGAGGUGGCAAUUAAGGAGGAGUUUGAGAAGCUACACCUGUUCCUCAGGGAGGAGGAAAAAAGUAGACUGAAGGUCCUCAAACAGGAGGAGGAAAUCAAGACCCAGGUUAUGUGUGUGAAGCUGGAAGACAUCAAGGACCAGAUCAAAACCCUCUCAUCCACCAUCAGCGAUAUUGAGGCAGCCCUCAAAGCAAACGACUUACCAUUUUUACAGGACUACAAGCAGACAAAGAAAAGGGCCAAAUGCAACGUUCCUGAUCCAGAAUGUAUCAGAGAUAUCCUGAUCAACUCUGCAAAGCAUGUGGGAUCACUUAGUUUUGGAAUUUGGAAAAAUAUGGCCAACAUCGUCAAAUGUGUUCCCAUCACUCUGGAUCCAAAUACAGCACAGGCCAACUUAAAGAUCUCAGAAGAGUUGACCUGUGUACAAUACAGCAGCAAGCAACUCCUUCCUGACAACCCUGAACGCUGCACCAGUCGUGUGUGUGUGCUGGGAGCUACCGGCUUUACAUCUGGGAAGCAUAGCUGGACCGUGGAGGUGGGCCAGGCCAAAGACUGGUUCAUCGGAGUGGCCCAAGAGUCCAUCAAAAGGAAGAGCACCGUCUUCCUCAACCCGGCCGAGGGUUUCUGGGUGAUUGGCCUGAGCAAAGGAGACUCGUUCUGGGCUCAGACCAUGCUUCGCACCAAGCUCGUGUUGAAGCAGAAGCCCGAGAAGAUCACUGUGCAGCUGGAAUAUGACAAAGGAAAGGUCGUUUUCAUCAAUGCUGCAGAUUCAACGACAAUACACACAUUCAAAGACAAGUUCAUGGAGAGGAUUUUUCCUUUCUUCUCACCUGGAUUGUUUGAAGAGGAGAAAAAAUCCAGCCCACUGAGAAUCUGUCCUCUAACAAUAAAGGUGGAUGUAGAGUAGAGUUACAA